CGUGAGCGCCCAAAGAAAACCAGCCUUCCCUCCCUCGCUGCUUGAUUUGCUUGGCUUCGCUCCCCCUCCACCCCCCGUAAAUCUGAGCAGCGCCGCAUUUAAUGCCCCUUCUCUCCUCCGGUCUCCCUCCCAAACCCCUCCUCCUCCCCCCCGUCCCCUCCCACAGAUCAAAUCCAUGCGCCGGCCGCCGGCCGGCCGCGCGACUUCUUGAUUCCUGGAAAGGCCGGUCCUUUCUCCCUCUCGCACUGAUCGGCGGCGCCCUUUGACGCGAGAAUAAGAAGAAGGAAGGAGGGUUCCGUUCCGUCAGGCGUUUCUUCCGUCUUCUCUCAGCCGUGCUGGUUGUCAGGGGCGGGGCGAUGAGGCGGCAUGGGUGGCAGCUCCCUUACCACCCUCUCCAGGUGGUCGCCGUUUCCGUGUUCGUGGCGCUGGCGUUCGCGUUCUACGUCUUCUUCGCGCCCUUCGUUGGGAGGAAGGUCUUCCAGGAUGCCGCCAUGGGGCUCUACACUCCUCUGGUUUUAUGUGUAUUCCUUCUGUACAUCUGGUGUGCUGCGACGGAUCCAGCAGACCCAGGGGUCUUCAAAUCAAAGAAGUACCAAAGAUUGUAUGGAGGCUGCAAGCAUAGGCGUCUCAAGGAGUCCAUACAAGGUGUUUCAGAUGUUGGAUUACAACUAGAGGGAACUGGAGAAAAGAGAGGACAUGAGGUUGCUGAUGCUAAUGAGAAGUCAAUGACUGAACUGAAGAACAAAAGCUCAUCUUGCUGCAGUGCAACUUUCUCUGCAUUUCUCCUUAUAUUCAGCCCUCUUUCUUUUGUUUUUUCCUGCUGCCGAUCACGUGAAUGGUCCUCUGAGCAGCACGACAGUGAAGACGGGAUGUUUUUCUGCAGCCUUUGUGAAGUCGAAGUGUUGAAGUACAGUAAGCAUUGCAGAGUUUGUGACAAAUGUGUGGACGGUUUUGAUCAUCACUGCCGGUGGCUCAACAAUUGUAUCGGAAAAAGAAACUAUAGAAGGUUUUUUCUUCUAAUGACAACAGCCCUUUUCUUGCUUAUCCUGCAAUCAACAACUGGAGUAUUGGUGCUAGUUCUCUGCUUUGUUCAGCGAAAGGAAUUCUCUAUGCAGAUUGUGUCAAAGCUAGGAAGCAGCUUCUCUAUAGCGCCUUUCAUCAUUGUGGUGGCAUCCUGUACCAUCCUAGCUAUGAUUGCUUUACUGCCGAUUGCUCAACUUCUCUUUUUCCACAUCCUUCUCAUCAAGAAGGGAAUCAGUACCUACGACUACAUCAUUGCCCUGAGAGAGCAAGAACAAGAAGAGGUUAGUGGGGAGCAGAGUCCACAGAUGUCUCAUGUAAGCUCCUAUGGUGGGCUUAGCAGUACUAGUUCCUUUGGUGCACUCCGUCGUGGUUCAUGGUGUACCCCUCCAAGACUGUUUCUUGAAGAUCAGUUUGACGUUAUUCCAUCAGAGGCUGGCUCUUCACAUAACUCCGCUACCAAGAGAAAAGACGAAGAAGUAAGGAGGAAGAAAACCUCAGGGGCUGUGAAAAUUAGUCCAUGGGCACUGGCUCGUCUUAAUGCAGAAGAAGUUUCUCGAGUUGCUGCCGAGGCAAGGAAGAAGUCCAAGGUUUUAGUGCCCAUCAGAAGAGACGAGUACUCACUCGGUCAUGAAACAGACAGUAGCUAUGGAGGCAUGAGCAGCAGGAUUGAUCUGGGAUCUGAUAACACAAUGAGAACAAAUAGGAGAGGAAGGCCCCAUGGUGAUCUCUCUCUUAAACCUGUUGCAAAAAUAUCCUCAGAUGCCAUCGACAGUAAUGGCAGUGACAUGAUCAGUUUAGCACCGUUGCAACUUGAGGCGCGAAGUGCUUUUCAUCCAAGUAGAGCCGCAUCCUCCGCCAACAUCGAUGGCUCGUCUCCAGAUAGCAGUUUGGAUUCGCCUGAUCUGCACCUGUACCGAUUCUCAGGUGUCUCCUCGUCCGCAGCUGAAGACUUGCAGCUGGUAGCUCUCACUGCCCCGGGAAGCACUCCACAUCACGGCAUUCAGCUGUCUAGAUCGACCAGUGACGGGUACGAAGCAUCAGGCGGUGAAGACAGCGAUCGCAUCCCGUCAAGGAUAGUGCACCGCUCCUCCAACUGGGCAAGCAUCAUCCUCAGCACCGAUCAGGGUGUUCCCUCGUCGGGCGCCCUUGUGCAGAAGAACAGAUUGCCUUAGACUUUCCAUGCUCAGCUUCCUUCAGACCCAAGAAUGUAAAUGGCCCGCAUCGUGUCCUAACUUGUUUGACGCCACCUCCUGUUCCGUAGUUUCGAAACCUGUUGUCUCAGCUAUGCAUUUUUGGAAUUCGGUAAGGUAGGGAAUGUAGAAUUGUUUCGUUUCACCGAGUGCUCAAGUGCUUGUAGCUUUUGCUGUGAGAUGACAAUUUCAAAGAUGUUGAUAUCUUCAGUA